ACCAAGGGAGGGCUCAGGUUACAGUCCCACACAGAGUAAAGAGAGAAGGAGAGAGUGCAUUAUCAUCAUCAUAAUCAUUAGCCUACCAUUACAUCCUUCAGUUCUCUCCCAUGAAUAUGCACAUGAAACCAGCUGGAAUCCAAUCUAAUUCAGUAUAAUGAAACAGUAAAACUGAGCGAUAUUCAGUGUGGAGGCUAACUGAUUUGUAUCACGGGUGACCUGGCUGGGAAUCCUGACAUGGCAAAGAUAUACCAGAACUUUCCCCCUGACCAAGAUUUUGUUUCAGCUCAAGAAAUCAGAUUGGAAAAACUCCUGGCGCCAUUGACAUAUACAUGAUUGAUGGCUGGACUGGAAUUACUCUUCCCAAACAUAUCCCCCCCCGGCGGCCUAACUCUUCCUUCCAUUCCACCUUUAUUCUUUCCCACGCCACCAGAUACACACUACACAACAAGCGACUAACUUAUUCUCCAACUCGCAAGGAUUGCAUUUUCUAUUUUUGUCGAACUCGCAAGGAUUGCAAUUUCUAUUUUUGAAGGAUAAUGGACGAAAAAAGUAUUAACAAAGUAUGCUGGUGAGCUGACUUCGCUUCGGACUGAUUUUACUCGGGAGGGGGUGGACAGGAGGAAAAACUUAUGUGCGUGCGUCUUUUAAACUUCUGCGACGCACAACUUUUCAUUGUUUUCGUUUUCCCUUUCAGUUGUAAGAGAUUGCUAGUUGUUUUUACACCAGUAUAUAGUUAUUCGUGGAUUUACAUUUUUGGAAUCGUCGAUGUGGUUUGUAGCUAGUUUUUCUAGCCUAAAAGACGCGACAAAAACGAGUGGAACAACUCCACGAAUCGACUAGCUAGCUAACUAGUUAGCAUAGCAUGGCUAACUAACGUUAGCUAGAUAACAAAAUGAACAGUCGUUGAUGCCUAUUUUUGCAAGAACUCGUCUUGUUUAUGGCUAAUAUCGUUACUACCACUGGAAAUCCAAAUAAUACAGUAUACUAACUAGCUAGGUAGCUAACGUUAGCUAAGUGUUUUGAGAGGGUGCUUUGAAACUCGGUGGGUAUAUUUAACAAACCUAGUACGGCAAGGCACCAGUGAGUGUGUUUUUAGAAAUCCAAGAUGCCGCAGCUGGACGGAGGAGGAGGAGAUGAUUUGGGAGCCAACGACGAGUUGAUCUCGUUUAAAGACGAGGGGGAGCAGGAGGAAAAGACUGCCGAGAAUGUGUCCUCUGAGCGGGACCUGGACGAUGUCAAGUCUUCGCUGGUCAACGAAACGGAGAACAACAGCAGUUCGUCUGACUCCGAGCAGGCAGGCAGUCAUAGACGUCCCCAGCAUCACAUACCAGAUUGGGAGAGUUAUGUCAGACAGAGAGAGUUCGUUGCAGAAGCUCUGAGGAGACAGCAACACGACAGUGGGAUGUUCAAGGCAUCUCUGUACGCUGGCUAUCCCUUACUGAUGAUCCCUGACCUGGGUAACCUAGCCAACCUGGGUCACUUGGGGAACCUUGGCAACCCCUACCUCUCUCCUGGAGUCCUCUCACCCGGCACCAGGACGUAUCUACAGAUGAAGUGGCCCAUGCUGGAUGUUCCUGGAACUUCUGCUUUAAAAGACCCUCGCUCUCCCUCCCCUGCUCACAUGUCCAAUAAGGUACCAGUGGUGCAGCACAGUCACCUGUCCCCCUUCUCCCCCCUCCUGUCCUACAGUCCAGACCGCUUCCCCCCACAGACACCACCUCCUCACCUCUCAGCGGACACAGGUCUUCCCCCUACCCCCCACCCAGCAGAGCUCUCUCCCUACUACCCUCUCUCUCCUGGAGGCAUAGGACACAUGACACACCCUCUGGGCUGGCUACAGGGCCAGUCCAUGUACGGUAUUCCAGCGGGGGGGUUUAGACCGUCCUACCCUGCAGCUCUCGCCAUGAACUCUUCCAUGUCCAGCUUUGUGUCCAGUCGUUUCUCUCCCCACAUGGUCCCGCCUCCCCAGACAUCUGUCCCCCACUCUGCCAUCGUUUCCACGGCGAUCAAACAGGAAGCAAGAGACAGCAACCAGCACGGGAGGUGUGCUGUGUCUAUGGGGGACAGAGAGGAGGAGAAGAAGCCUCAUGUGAAGAAGCCUCUGAAUGCCUUUAUGCUAUACAUGAAGGAGCAGAGACCCAAGGUGGUGGCAGAGUGCACCCUGAAGGAGAGUGCUGCCAUCAACCAGAUACUGGGACGCAGGUGGCACACUCUGUCUCGCGAGGAGCAGUCUAAGUACUAUGAUAUGGCCCGCAAGGAGAGACAGCUACACUCCCAACUCUACCCUGGAUGGUCAGCUAGAGACAACUACGGGAAGAGGAAGAAGAGGAAGAGAGAUGGUAGGCCAGAGACUGCUCCAGAGGGACAGAUAACACACAACCAGUCAGCUGCUCCAGAGGAGCACUUCUCCCCGCAGCUCAAGAAGUCGUGUGUGUCGUAUGGAACUCAGGAGAGGCCCAGUGUGUCUCAUACACACCUGACACACACACACCUGUCCCAGGCUAGUCCCGCCUCCUCUCUGGACUCUCCAUCCACGCCCACCACUGCUCUGGCCUCCCCUGCUGCUCCCGCACCCACACACACCGAACACACACACUCUCACUCUGAGCACACACAUCCUGAGCAGGUCCAGCCCCUCUCCCUCACCACCAAACCCCCUCGUCUGCAGUCACACAGGGACACACACGGUCAGGCUUACACCCACAUCCAGUUUCACACACAUCCACACUUAUUAACUCACACACGCCUCCCCCCGCCCCCCACCCCCAAUACCUCUUCAUCUCCAUCCCCCUCCUCCUCUUCUUCCUCCCCCUCCUCCUCUCAUCCCCCGUUUUCUCCCCACAUGAGCUCAUCCAGCAAACAGACUCCGCCGUUCCUGUCUCGACCAAUCCCCUUCGCCUCUGGCUUAGCUACUCCCACCUCUAUCCACCAAUCAACGAUGAGCUCCCAUCAUGCCAUGCUCCAGUCCCAGCCUCUCUCCCUCGUCACUAGAAAUAAUAAUUGAAACCCAAAGACGCUAACCACAGAUCUAUGAUCAGAUUCCUCUACGGCCAGUCGUAACCUUAAGCAUUACACUACCCCUAACCACAGAUACCUCUAAGCCCUGUCUCUAAUCAUGGGUGGGAUGAAAAAAUAUCUGACCCCCUAUCAGUGGGUAGGAGAGUCCUCUCUACUCUGUGGGCAGGAGUGAACAACUCCUUGAGUGCUACAUGAUACUUCAGCCCAGCAAUACACACAAAUUGAAUAGUGUUUGAAUAGAGGUUUAAAUUAAGAUUAUUAAUUGAUUAGCGGAAUCAUGUUUUAGUGCUGGGCUGGGGGGAAAAAGCCUGCAACACCCCCUGUUGCCUUAAGAUUAGGAUCCAUUUCUUCCUACUUUCUUUAUUGCUUUUUCUUUUGUCUGUAAAUAAACUUUUUUAACCUUUUAUAGAUAGUAGACCUGGUUUUAUAUAUUAGUAUGAAAAGGAAACAAUUAUUGGUCAAUAUUUGACCACACCUCUUUUUAACUUGUCUUAAUGAAACUAAAAAUUUUUUGUCAAAUGGUAUUGCAACAUCUUACCUUUUUUUUUUUUUUUUUUUUUAUUAAUUUGUCCAAUUUCCUACUUGUAUAAAAUACAAAAAUGUAAAGGUUAAUUUUUAAAGAAAAAUUGAUCAAAGUACAUGUACGUUUCAGUUCAUUUCAGUCUUAGUGGUAGUAAUGAGUGUAGAUCUCAGUUUUCCCUCCCUCCCCUAUUCUUUUAUAACACCCUGAAUGACUGAGUCUUGAUAAUAAACACCUACUUAUUU